CUCAGCAUGAUGUAUCAUUUUGAGUCUUAACAUAGCCUAUGUUCAUUACCUGAAGUGAAAUAUAAAUAUCGUUUUAUUUCUACAGAAACAACAUCAACAACAAGCGAUCUGCCAACACCGUCACCAUGGAAGAACCAACCUACAACCCUAGCCGCCCGAUGCCCUCCAUUCAAAUUGCAUACUCAUACAAACUCUCCAACGUCCCCGGAAAGAGCAUCAUCGGUCUCCGCGUCGACUUCCCUCCCAACGGUUCAACUCCUCCCCACCGACACGGUGGCGCCGCUGUCUCUGCGUACGUCAUCAGCGGCACACUUUUGAACAAGAUGAACAAUGACCCGAUGAAAGUGAUUCCUGCAGGUGGAACGUGGUAUGAGGCGCCUGGGUGCCAUCAUCGCAUUAGUGAUAAUGCGAGUGAGACGGAGCCGGCGGUGUUGCUUGCGUCGAUGGUUUUGGAUACGGAGGCUUAUGAGCGGGAUGGGAUGGAUGCGCUGUUUCAGGUGGAUGAGGAGUAUAGGAAGUGAUUGUUGAUAUUGUCAUUGCAAAUAUGUUACGUUAUUUGUAGUGUUGGAAUGCCACCAAUGGUUGUAUCGAAUAGAGUACAAAAGUCAAAGUUGUCUGGGAAUGGCUCCAACAGAGGAAAUUCGAUAGAUUGCUGUUGAAUGUCCAAUGAUUCAGCCGCUGUAUUCUACGUUAUAGACAGUAUCUCCCUUGCGAUGAUGCCGAUUUCCCGAUA